AUGAAGGUCACCCACGACCUCCCGCACCGGACGGCCACUCAGGAUUGGGUUCUCUGGGAUGUCGAUGUUGUCGAUGUCUCCGUUUUCGAGUACUCGCCGAGCAAUGCCUCCAGUUUCAGUUCGGUGGGGGACGAUUACUCGUCCUGUCGAAAUUCGCCGAUUUCGGCCAGGUCUGAAAGCCGAGCGACGUCACUCGCCUCUGAGGUUCUUCGGAGAUCGUAUAUGGUGGCGCCAGAAAGAAAUUCGCAUAAUAGUGGCAGACAGGUUCACUCUGUCUCUAGAUCUGAGUUGGGGAUGGAUUUUUUCGAGAAAGCAAGAGCAGUACGGCUGCAGAGUCACCUGGGGAAAUACCUGGUGGCGGACGAGGACGAGGUGACGGUCCGUCAGAGCCGUAACGGGGCGUCGCACAGGGCGCAUUGGGCGGUGGAGUUUGUGGAGGGAAAACGAGAGAGGAUCCGUCUGAAGAGCUGCCACGGGCUGUACCUCACGGCGUCGGACGAGCCUUUUCUGCUGGGCAUGACUGGGAAGAAAGUCCUCCAGAGCCUGCCGCUGCCGGAGGAGACGGACGUGAGAGUCGAGUGGGAGCCAGUGAGGGAGGGUGCGGCGGGUUUGAAGCUGAUGACAGCAGAAGGAAAGUUUCUGAGGGCCAACGGGGGAGCGCCGCCGUGGAGGAACUCGGUCACGCACGAUGUGCCGCACCGGACUGCCACGCAGAGCUGGGUGGUGUGGGAAGUGGAUGUCGUGGAUAUUUCAGUUUCGGAUGUGGAUCCGGGUUCGGGUUGUUUUUCUCCUGUCUCUAGUUUUUCUUCGUAUUCGGGUACGCCCGAUAUAGGGUCGCCCAUGGCCAUGGGUGGGUAUUCUUCCAUGCUUCCAAAUAUGUCCACUACGACACAGGUUUCUGGAAUGGAAUUCUUCAUUAAAGCCAAAUCCGUCCGGCUGAAGAGUCACCACGACAAAUACCUAACGGCAGACUCCGACGAGGAGAGUGUCAUCCAAAACCGGUCAGGCUCUUCCAUCUCCGCCAAGUGGGAAGUCGAAUUCGUGUCCGACAACGUGAUACGAUUGAAGAGCCGUUACGGUAAGUACCUCAAGGCUUGCGACAAUGAGUUCCUUUUGGGCGUCACUGGUAGAAAAGUCACUCAAAGCCUCCCGGGAAAUGGAAAGCUCGACUCGUCUGUCGACUGGGAACCUCUCAGAGAUGGGAUGCAAGUGAAGCUCAAAUCAAGGUAUGCAUGUAAUUUCCUACGGGCCAAUGGGGGUCUCCCGCCGUGGAGAAACUCCAUCACCCAUGAUAUACCUCAUAUGCACCACAAUUGGGUUUUGUGGGAAGUUGAUGUUGUUGAGGUCCGGCCCGAGUCACCGAAUACGAUUUUGCAAUCUGAUUCGUUGGAUGAGGAUUUGGGUUCGGCUUCUUUUCAUAUUCGUAUCCCGAGUGUGCCUAGAAGAGGUUCAUUUGAAGACUCACAGCGAAAAAAAUCGGAGGGACGGCUUAUAUACUACUACGUGGCUGCUGAUGGGGAAAUCAAUGAUGUCAUGGAAGAACGUUCGUUCCAGUUCAAAGGGCACGGGUUGGAGGAACUGACCGAGAUGUUAGAGGACGAAACUGGGCUCGAGGAUGUAAUCGUGUGCUCAAGAAACAUCGUCAAUGGGAAACUUUAUCCGCUUCGGCUGGCUUUACCUCCCAACAACACCACCAUGCACGUUGUCGUGGUGCCACCGACUUCAAAAGGUAUGCAUAAUAAAGUUAAGCCUCUCCCUUGA